AUGACCGUGCGGCUCGUCGAGUGUCACGCGCUCAGGAAGUCUUCUACCCGCGCGAACGAGGAGGUUGACGGACGCAUGAUGAUGCUCGAUAAACCCAUGGGGUCAGCCGCGAGGGCUUUCCUGAACUUUCUCACGUUCAUAGCUGAGCUGCUUCUCGUAGGGAUUCUCUCUUUGACGCUUUUCUGGGUCUUCCACCACGAAGGAGGAGUCGCCUGGAGAAACGACGUUAAGAGACAGUUCAACCUGCAUUUCAUCCUGAUGCUCGGUGGCUUCAUAUUCCUGAAUGGACAGGCUAUUCUCUCCUACCGACUUUUUGGCUGCGUACGACGCAUCUAUGCCAAACUGAUACACGCUUUUUUGCUUGUCGCCGCGGCGGGAAGCAUCGCCGUAGGAUUCUACAUGGCUUUCGAAGCUAAUGAUAGGGUCCCUAAGACGAUGCAUUUCUACUCGCUCCACUCAUGGUUGGCUCUUGGAACCUGCGCACUGUUCGUACUACAGUUCUUCGUGGGAUUCUUCUCCUUCCUGGUGCUUCUGUGCUGCGAUGGAGCUACGUCGUCAUUCAGAGCAUGCCUUAUUCCUGUCCACGCAACUUUCGGUCUAGCGAUAUUUUCCAUGGCGUCGGCUACAGCCGUGACUGGCUUGAUGCAAGCCGCUCGAGCCCGACUCAACGGACAAAACGCCAAUCCGGACUACCGAGAGUUCCCACAGCAGGGAAUAAUCAUAAACACGAUCGCCGCUGCGAUAAUUCUCUUAGUUAUACUGAUGCCACUCGUCACCCGGAAUAACAUCAGAGGGGGUCGGGCAGUAUUCGCCUCAGAAUGA